AUGUGUUUACCAGGUUCAUCAUGUGAAGGCAGAUGCGGCUCUCUAUUGGGUAUUACAACUACGUGUAGUUGCGAUGCUGAAUGUUCAGUGUUUGGGGACUGCUGCUACGACGUCUCUGAAACAUGUCAGCUAGUGACACAAAACAGAACAAUAAUCCAACAUGAGACAACAUUAGUAAAAGAGACUAUGUGUUUCAAAACUGAUCCAGAAAACUCCAAGAUAGGAUAUCACGUCAUCUCGACGUGUUCAAACAAAUCAAGUGACACAACACUUAGGAUAACAUGCGAACAACCGGACGCACGUAAUAUUAUACAGCAGAUCCUAGUAACCGAUUAUCGCGGAAAUGUAUAUAGAAACAUUUAUUGCGCAGCAUGUGACGGCAUCAAGACGACAGACGUAGUUGCUUGGCAUGUAGCCGCUUCGUGCAAUUCAAGGGACGUUGAACGUCAUUUGACGAAUGUCUCAACAACAAUUAAUCCGGAAACGAUGUUGCACAAAAAACUGGGACAAAAUGUAACUUGUUUUUCAUACAAAUACACACCACCAACAAACAACACAAAACCUCCCCGGCCUUGCCAUUAUAUGCAACGAAUAGAAACGUGUGCUCAGCUUGGUGACAAAGAACAAGUUAAAAUAGGAUGUGCCGCUUACUCGGCCACAGUGUAUGUUGAUGACACUGCAUAUAAGAAUCCUCAUUGUGUCAUUUGUAACGAUUUUAAUUCAUAUAGUUGCCAUCCUACUACGGUUAAACCAUUGGAAUUAAAAAAGCUUUACACAACGUUAAAUGUGCUAGUCAAUUUUGCUGAAGGAAAAAUCAGCUUAACAACGAAACACAUUGAGUACACGGAAAUUAUGGAUUGUGGAAUAUUUAAAGUCAAUAAUUACAUCAUGGAAGAAUGCAUAGACCUGCAAUGUGGCAUUGGCUAUGCUUUAUCUGGAUCAUCAUGCAUUGUCAGUCAAGAUCCCAUGCAAGAAACUCCGCACCAAUGUAAUAUGAAACCUCCUAUUAUCGCUAAUCGAAUGUUCUGCUUGUGUCAAAGUAACAAGCAACUU